GUGUCCGUACCUCGUGCUCUCGUCCAUUGGCAAGAGUUACUGUCGAGGCCAGACCUCUGCGGCACAGGCGGUAGCAGCCUCGCAAUGCAGGACUUCCCCUCCUAUCUUCUCCGCCACUACUUCCAUACCACCGACUGGCAUCCCUCCAACUCCUACCUCAACCUCACCUCCCACUCCUCGUCCAUCCUUCUUGACUUUCCCAUUCCCAAUGGCUUGGCUCUUUCCCUCAGCUCCAGCCCUACCUGUGCCUUCUUCUCCACGCACCGCUUGAGAGCGCUGCCGAGCUUGGGGGGCUGCGCCGGCUACGUCGUCGCCAGAACCGAAAAGCCGCUCGCCUUUGGUGGGACGGGAUUGCGCGAAGUCCUAGAGAGAUUCAGGAUCGUUCACAUCCCAAAGCGGCGAGAUGCGGGCGAAAUAAGCGGCAAUGGGCCAAAGUCUUCGAGAGACUACCUCCUGUAUGGCUGCCUCCAUGCACCCACGGCCCGGCUGGAUGCCCUCUACACCACUCGGAUCUCUCCAGCAUGGAACCUUAUCAUCACUGCCUGCUCUUUUCCACCACAAUCACCGUUCGUCUCCAACUUGGCUCCCAUGGUCUCGCAAGACCAGCAGGUGUCUGCUACCUCUCCCUCCUCUUCUCAGCAAUUACCACCUCCAAUGUCACAAGGGCCCACAAGCCCAGGAGCCACAAAUCUCCAAUUCACGCUGCAGCACGAUGCAGGAAAGUGGUUCAAUGAGAUCUGCUACAGCCUCGAUGACGCCUUGUGGGGCUUCCGUACCAUGCAUCACUUUGAGCCGGGCACGUCCGGCCUGAGUUCGAGCGCUGCUCAGACCCGCACUCUGGAAUCGCUUUCGGAGAUGUGCCUCGACUCGUCUCUCUCAGACCCGAAGUUGCACUCUGCCAACGCGGGGACGCCAGAAACAUCGUCGAACCUUCGACCUUCGCCUGCAUCUACCGAAGUCGGAGGAGGUCUACGAGGCAGGUUCUCUGCGGGAGCGGAGCUCUUCUUUAGCGCCGCUGAGAAGUCAGCAGGGCUCAGCACGGGAGUGAGAUUCACGACCCUUCCGGAAGGCAAUGAUGACGGCGAGGAGGGUGUAUAUGCGGGUAUGGAUGCAGCAGUGGCCGAGACAGGGGAUGCGAGGGCCUGGGUGUCACCGUCUCAGCCGCCGACCACUAUCACUGCCACGCUCAAUCCUAUGAUGGGACACUUCAGCACAGCGUAUGCUAGCAGACUGGGUCGAGACAUCGUAGCCUGCUCGAGAUACGACUUCAAUGUCUACUCCUACGAGUCUGAUCUCACGGUGGGCGGCGAGUACUGGCUACGCUCCGCACAUGCAUCACCAACAUUAUCUUCAGCAGCUUCGCAGUCUGUCCUGUCGAAAGAUGACCCAGGAGAGAGACCAAUCUACUGGUCUGCACCCCCAAGUGUCUCGCAACCGCUGCCCAGAAAGCCUCACUCUCCCGCACCCAGUUUGAGGGAGAGUUUCGAGCCGCCACCCAUCUCAUCACGUCAAGCCGGGCUCACAGACGAUAAGAGCCAACCUCGGGAGACUUUUAUGAGGGGCCUGCGCCCGUCAGACAGUACAGCGGGAACGGACGUACAACAGACUAGUGGCUCGAAGCUACAAGGGGCUGGUGGAGAAGACCCUGUGCAUCGUCAGUCUCGCACGAAUCCUCAAAACGAGGUGACUCGGGGAAAUCCACAGGCGGGCGCUGUCAUAAGUUCUGAAGCCGAUCCUUUGCCGGAUGCUCGAGCCACUUCGAUGUCAGGUAGAGACGGCUCGAUGCCGUCUUCUUCUUCUGCUUCGUCAUCACCGUCUGCAUUGCUGAAAUUCUCUCUAUCGUCUUCUAUGCUCUUGUCGCUACUUUGGCAAGGACGCCUGAAGAACUGUCUCGUCAGUAUCGGCAUCAAGGCUGAUCUCUCUGCCUCUUCCGUCUCUUCUGGUGGCGGAUCGGCAUUGGUCAAGAAGCAAAGUGGUGGCGUGAGGGGCGUAGGAAUGGGGAGCGUCGUUCGAACAGUGGGCAUGGAGAUCGUCUACUGGGGCGGUAGCGCUGCUGAGAGUAGUCAAGGGGCAGAAAUGGAUCCUAUGAUUUUCAAAGGGAUCGCGCCAGGUGCUUUCUCUGCAAGUAGCCCGAGCGGUCCUUUGGGUCACGCAGGGUAUGAGGGCGUCGAUUAGACUUCAACGAUGCUCCGUCUAUGGCGAGAAGAAAUGAGAUGUGUCACAUAGACUUGCU